CACGGCGGCUUCGCGUCUACCCACCAGCUCCAGGAACGGACUGACUUUCUGGCUUCACCACCACUGCUAAAUCCACUGAUUAUUAUCCAGCACUGCUCGGUUCAAGGGGAUAAACACCGAGAGUUUAACUCAAGCCGGCGAACGUAGAGGUUUUAAAACUGAUCCGCCGUCUCAGCGAAAUCGUGAUUUAUGUUUCACGGAUAAAUUGUUGCCGUUGGGCGAAACUGGAUUCAACUUCAACGAACCCGCAGACAUUUUGUUAUUUCUCAGCAUUACAUGGUAUUAUCCCCAUUCCUUCAACAGAGCGGUCGCAAGUGGUCUAGCAGAGCGAACGGAGGCUUUGAAGGACCAAACACAAGGAGAGAGUAGAAACAUUACCCUCGGCUCGUUAGCUCCAUCCAGACGCCUCUGUGUGUACAUAACGUUAUUAAUUUACUUGCGUUGAGCUCGCGCUGCCGCCGCUUGAGCGUUCAGGCGGAAAGCUCGCAACAGCGAUGAAUCAUUUUGACUGACAGCUUUGGGAGCAUUAGCUAGCUUAGCCAGAGACGAACCAGCACCGAUGCUGGUUUCCUGUUUACAGACACAGUAAAUACGAAGUCGGGACAGGUACAACUGAAUGGUCUUGCAUCAGCCAGAUAACACACUGGCUUAUUUGUCUCUCUAACGGCCGCAAAGUGCAUCACUUAUAUUCGGCUUAAUUUUUUAUUUUAUUUUACAUUUUAUUUUUUGAGCUUGUCAUCCUGCUAACCCUGGACAGCUCCUGUGCAAGGCAGGGCUAGCUUUGGACAAAGGAGCAGCACAAGGGGGAAAUAUAAACACUGGGCACAUAGUUUAUCGUGUUUGUGGAAGGACAGCAACAAACAAGGAAUUGACAUGAUGUUUCCACAAUCAAGACACUCAGCCUCAUCGCAGCAGCUGAAAUUCACAACCUCUGACUCCUGUGACAGGAUCAAGGAUGAGUUCCAGUUUCUUCAAGCACAGUACCACAGUUUGAAGCUUGAAUGUGACAAGUUGGCAAGUGAGAAGUCAGAAAUGCAGCGCCAUUAUAUCAUGUACUAUGAGAUGUCCUAUGGGCUCAAUAUUGAGAUGCACAAACAGGCUGAAAUAGUGAAGAGAUUGAACGGGAUCUGCGCACAAGUCCUCCCCUACCUGUCUCAGGAGCACCAACAGCAGGUCCUGGCAGCUAUAGAGAGGGCCAAGCAGGUCACUCCUCCAGAGAUGAACUCCAUCAUAAGGCAGCAGCUCCAGGCUCACCAGCUGUCUCAGCUCCAGGGCCUGGCUUUGCCCAUGACCCCCCUGCCUCUGGGCCUGAGCCAGCCAACCCUCCCCGCCGUCACCACUUCCUCCGGUCUCUUCUCCCUCUCUUCCCUGCUGGCUUCCCAAGCUCAGCUGGCCAAGGAGGAGAAAGCGUCCCGUGACGGUGUCGACAGCCACCGCGAGGAAGACGGAGACAAGUCUGAUUAGAUGUUGCCCCUCCCCCUCAGCUCUGCUUUUAUCCAGAGACCCGAAUCUCCAGAUCUCAGCUCCCUUGGCGUUAUAGCCUCUUUCCUGGUCUCCUUCUCUUUGACCCACCCAACAUGGGCUUUUAUCCCAUCAUCACAGCUCCAGCGUCUGACCCCCCAACUAAUCCCAUUAUUAAGAGAGCUUUGGCACUCUAAUCUCAUCAUAUUUACAAUAAUAAGGUUGUUUCCAUAUCUGCUUUUCUUUUAAUAGCCAUGACAUGGUCUCCCUCUUAUGUAUGUUGUGUUUUUACCUACAAAUGCAGUUGUGUUUUUGUGUUUAAGCUCCAUUUUUCCAGUUGAUAUUUUUAUCAACACUUUCUUUUUCUGUUCCUUCCAGUUAAUCUGACUUUUACUUAUUCCUGUUUAGUUUCAGUUAUUCCUCACUCUCGUCCUCCCACUCUUCCCCAACAUCCUGCACCUGUUCUCUGCAGGUCCCUGUGAGGCAGGACUGAACUGUGAGACUAAAUGCAAUGCUUUAGUGUUAAAACACAGUUUAAAAAGCAGUAAAAUGUAUAAAAUGAAACAAAGGAUUUCUUCAAACUUGAGCCUUCUUUAGGGACAAUUUCACAGAGAUCCGCUGUGUUGAUAUUCAUGGCAUUUCAGAUUGCAUGCGUUCAUUCUGAGCUGCAAGUGGGCUGAGAGUUUAGAUGGUGGCUUGUUGGAAAUCUAUGUGAAAUUUAAACGGUCCUAAUGCUCUCGCUCAAGACAAAAAGGUUUCUAAAUUCAAAUCUGGUCCCAAUCACAAAUACCUCAGCAGUCAACUUAAUAUGUUUUCUGUUAUCCUAAAUUUCUGUUGAGAAUAAAAUAAAAUGAUCCUUGUUUAACCCUGUGAGGUAUGUUAGAUUAAUCCAACCAGCACCUUAAACUGAGAGGCCUCAUUAAACAAAGCUUAGGUAAACAGAAAGGGGUGACCAAACUCACUCUUCCACCUUCCACCACCUUUUUCAUGUUUAAUGUGCACUAAUAUUGAAGCAGACUGUGGUGGGGGGGAGUGUGCAUGUUGUGUGUUUGACAGCAGAGGGCAGCAUGUGUCUUUGAAGGUUCAGCCUCCAGAUAAUGGCACACACACAUGCUUUGUGAUAUAGGGAAUGGCUUAUUUAUCCACUCAGUUUGCUAAUUUAAUAUACAAACACCGGACUGUCAUUAAUCUGGUUUGUGUUGGUCUCUAAAGAGUCUGCUUUAUAGAGCAGCAUAUUCCUGCAUAAAACAAAAAAACAGCCAUGCUGAAUACUGUGCGUUCGUCAGCUGUCAGAUUAAAAUAUCCAGAGGUUUAACGCAUACUUGCGAAUGCUGAGUAGGACUCCAUGACUGAACAUGGUUAUUUUCAUAUAAGUCCCUCAGAUGAAGCACAAGUGGAUUUCACAGCUGCCAUAAGGACCUAAAUAAACAAGUCGCCCUCCUUCUGAAAGACCCACCACACAAGCGGUGUCAGGCCAGACCUGAAGUCCAUUUGAAGCUGGGACGACCUGAGUGUAAGAAUUUGUUCAUAAUUGCCGGCCACUCUGUACAAAUUCUGGUGGGAGGUUAAUGUGGUGGGUUCAGGGUCCCAUAAAACUUUUCUUUUCUGAUUUUUGCUUAUUGUCACUGGACAAAAAUUGCAUCCCAGAGUUCAAUUGUUUUGCUUUAACGCUGAAAACAUAAAGACAUUGUUGAGUUGAAAGCAGCCAAACGUAAGAAGCUGCUCUGAUUUGAAUCCCAGACCACGUUUUUCUCAGCCAGUACACUUAAAACAACAUUUUUAUUCAUCUAUCAGUAGCUUGGCCACUAAUUUGAAUGUAUUCAUAGGCCAAACUCAAAAGUUUCCCACAUUUGGCCUUUGGUAGGUGUUAAUUUUUGGACCCGGAUAUACUGUUGACCCACAAUGGAGUGUCUGUACCAGUAGAGAGGUGACUUUAUUUCUUUUUUCAUUAUUAUUAUUAUCUUUAUUUUAUGGAGCUGAAAUUGUAAAACAUAUUCUGUGUGGGGCAGAUCAGUUUUAAGUUUAGUUGCAGUGUGUUAAUUUGAAUACAGCUUGUGUUUACAGCAACACACAACACCUCUUUGCUCUCGUGGCUGAACUAAAACUUGGUCUCUAGCACGAUGAUUAAGCACAUUUUAUCCCAGUUGAAGGCAAACUCAGUACACACUAUAUUCUGAGAGAUCAGACAGGGAUGAAGCCCAUUGUUGUGUAGAUUUGUGUGUACAAACAAGGUGUGUAUAAGCAGCUGUACAGGUCCAGUGGUCGCUGAUAAACCAGAUGAAAUGUGUUGCUCUUUUUCCAACCGAAGCUAACUUCUACUCUGCUUGUGAAUUAAGCUUGCAGCACGUCGUCCUUCCAUCUAGCCACAAACUGUCUGUAUCUAGCUACAAACUGCACUCGUCCUAGUGAUAAGCAGAAUGUGUAGACGAAAUGAAACACACCUUGAUGCAUGUUUGCGAGGAAAAGAAAUUGAUCUCUUUCUAGAAGUGAUUUUUUAAAAUGUUUGAUCCAGAGUUUUUGUGAUCAAGGCACUUGAUUUUUUUUUCCUCCCCCUUUCCUUUAUGUUUGAAUAGUACUCGAUAUAAACUAGUAGGAGAACUACAAAGCUGAUGUUAUAAGCAUACAAAUUAAACUUUAUGUAUUUGUUCGAGUAGUUGGCGGUGCUCGCCUCUCUAUACAGUUAUACAUAGAAAGCUUUACGUGUAUUUGGCUGCAUCUUCUCUUGUCUGUCCUGGAUGAUUCUUGUGCUGUUGUUACAAAACUGAUGUGACACCAGGGGGAAAACUGCAGUAUGAUGACCUUUUUUUUUUUUUGUUUUUUACACAUCCUCCUUUCUGAUCCCUGCUCUCCCUCCUCCAUCCCCCUUUUCCAUCCACACCCCACCUCCCCAACUACUUGCCAUCAUAGCGUGAAGCAUUGUAAGCAUUUUGAGCUUUGUAAAGGUCUUUUUUUAAAUACUUAUUUUGUGUAUAAUGUAAAACUAAAAGUGUGUACUUUGACAAAAAAUGUUUUGUGUCUGAAAUCAUAGCUUCAUUUAAACAAACAAAAAAAAAAAGAAACUAUCAAAAUUUAAAAAAAAAAAAAAAAAAGAAAAAUUUA